AUGCCUUGGCUUGCUGGCCCUGCCAGCAUGCAGCCCACCGAGCUGAAGCCGUGUGCUACAGCGGGGCAUGCUCAGGCCGACGGCUGCAGUGCUUCCCAGAACCACCAACUGGGCUGGAGUGGGACGAAAUGCGGUCGUGGCGCCAUUUUGCGGCAUGGGCCGCUGCGGUCCAGCUGUCUUGAGGCCGCCAGGGCGCCGCCGCCCGUGGCCCCCGCGUUCUGCAAACUGAUUCUUCGCCCCGGUCCACCACCCUGUGGGGUUUUUGUCGGAGGGAGAUUUAAAGAACCGCUGAGGCCUUUGUCCUUGUCUGAGCUGAGGCAACUGAGAGGUGGUAGCCGCGAUGCGUGCACCUCGCGGUGGACGUACGACGGGGUGCAGCGCAACUCGACGCUCUACGUUGCCGAGAAUGGCGAGGGGCUGAGCCCUGAGUUCGAGGUGCGACCGGCCUCGUGCCCGAGCUACCGCUACUUUACUCCGCUGGAGGCGUUGUCGAUCCUGCACCACGCGAGCAUUGGCCGCAACGGGCACGGAGUCCUUGUCACUGGUGACUCUAUGAUGCGACAGUUGUUUAUGCGGCUGAUUUUUUUUCUGCGUGGAAAUGAGUUCUUUGCCGAGCACUACUUCCACUACGACGCGCUGUACGUCGUGUACGAGGAUCGUGACGAGCUGGCCCUUUCCUUCACCUGCACCCAUAGAGCCCUGCUGGCGAGGUACUUCCCUGGGUACAGGGUGGGCCGCAACAAGGAGGCCGCCUGCAACGAGUUUACACUCAGUGAGCGGGUUGUUGCCAUCGCGUUAUUUAUCUGGGACCCCUUGGUAAGUGAGUUCCGCGAGGAUCCCUUUCUAAUAAAGGAUCCGCCGCUGCAUUUGGCCUCCUUCAUGUACUGGUGGAGGCGUGGGGCGGAUCGUCGUCAGAGUCUGGCCCGAUAUUUGGACCGCGUACGAAGUCAACGGGUUGCUAACGCAGCGAGAGCCAAUGACAAGGCAACGAAAUACAUCUUCUUCACCACGCCCAGGACGAAUGCUGUGUCUUCUCAUAUUCUUCCUGACGAUGUGCGCCUGGAACGAAACGCGCUGGCGUGGGAUGCCAUCCGGUCGAUGCAGAAGGACUGGGGUGAAGGCGGCGUGGGACAACCGCGAGUGUCGUUGGUGGACUUUGCUGCCUUGGUGGACGUGCAGGAUGUGCACCGUGUGGGGGAUUUGAUGCAUUUUAUGUGCAUAUGGAAUCCUGAAAGUCCAAAGAACGUUUCUAGGCAGGUUGUUAACCAUAUCUCGUGCGGGGACCCUGUGAAUUUGGCGGCGCUGCAGUGGACUUUGCAUUUGCUUUGGACAGAGCUAUGGCCGCAUGCUUUUUUUUCGUUAUUAUCGUAA